AUGUGCAAACUCUCCAGCUCUACAAUAAACUCAAAUACAAAAUCCGAGAACGCAGCCGUGGAUUUGGAGGUUUCAACCGGUAGCACUAAGUCAUCCCAUUCCGUACACCAAAGACCAGGACUGGAGGAGUCACGAAGAAAAGCGAGUGGAUCAUCUCCAAGUGCAAAUACUCACCCAUACUCUUCGCCCAGUUUUACAAUAUCAGAAUUGGUACAUGCCCUUGGUAUUGCUGGUGUCAGUACGUUUGGACGACUCCGCUUUCGCACAGCAAAGCGCAUACUAUACGAACUUCGGAGGAGAUUUGAGAGACAGAAACUUGAAUAUCAAGCGGUAAUGUCAGUCUGCCGGAAGCAAGGCUCCUGGAGGGCGCACGAAAGUGGCAGAAUCAGUAAAGUCGUCACUGGCAAGAAAAACUUUACGGGAAAAGCUACUACGCACAUAAGAAAGCAGAAAGGGGAGAAACCUAAAUCCAAGGCAAAAAAGUCGAAAGAACCCUUAAUCCGCAAAUUAACCAUCUCAACCGAGCGCGAUCCCGAAGCACUCAGCAAAACAUCCCGCAUCCUAGCCUUCCAAACCGCCUGUCUAGCAGAAGAAGCCGGCGCCAUCCUCACCAGCAUCCAACCCCGUCGACUACGUACACAAACCAAGCCCCGACGCUCUCUAUCCCGCGCUCGCCGCGCCCGUCGUCUGCACUUUCCACGUCACAGGAAAUUCGGCACAAAAAUCCGCUACCACAAGAGCAACGUCGGUGCAGAUCCCACAGCAAGAAAACCCCUUUCUAAGCGCAAGCCCUCGCCCAAGCAACGCAAACCCACGAUCAGAAAACGUACUUCACGGCCCCGAGUAAGGCACGUACGCAUCCCCAUCCUCAUCAAACGCCACGCAUCUUUCUUCACAGGCACGAUACGGUACCCGGAUGGUGCGAGGGCGAAAUUCAAACGUAGCUCGCUAUCUCGAUUGCGUGGCGAGGCUGCAAGGGGGAGGACCAGGGGCGCGGUGCUGAGACGGGUGCCGGUCGAGUGGCGGGCGACUGCUGCGGCGGUGGCGGUGAAACGGAGGGAGGAGGCGAGGCGGUUGGCGGCUACGGUGGAGGGGUGGCUUGGUGGUGGAGAUGAAGGUAAGAAGUGA